AUGUCGUCCAACGGUACACCGAACGGUGCAGCGUCGCUGCCUGCACCAGGCUUGGCGACAGCUGCACUGCACGCCGACCACCCCAACCACCUCGCUGACGACAACUAUGCCGUGGCACCCUCCAUCAGUCUCUCCACGACGUUUCGAUCGCCGCAUCCGGACUCGGCGAACGCCAAGCUGCUCGAGGAUGUCGGCAAGGGCGAGGCCGAGUUCGACAUGCAGGAUCCUAGCUUCCACAUCUACUCGCGCUACUCGCAAUCGACCAACAUUCGCUGCGAAAAGGUGCUCUCGCAGAUCAUGAAGUCGCACGCGCUGACCUACAGCUCUGGCAUCUCUGCGGCACACGCUGCUGUGCUGCACUAUGCUCCGUCGGUGAUCGCGAUCAGGAAGGGAUACCACGGAGUGCACGUGUCGAUCAAGCUGUACGCUCGUGGGAGGAACGUGAAGAUGAUCGAUCUCGACGAUGAUUAUGCUGCUGCGGUGGCGGAAGCCAGCGAUGGCAGCAAGGGCAGUGACGUGGAUGAAGGACAGGGAGCGGUAAAGCGAGGAGGUCUGCUGGUCUGGAUCGAGACACCACUCAACCCUUCUGGCGAGGCGAGAGAUCUGGCCAAGUACGUUCGCAAAGCCAAAGCUGUCUCCGGAGCCCACGUCGUCGUCGAUUCGACUUUUGCUCCCCCUCCUCUGCAAGACCCGUUCGAGCAAGGGGCAGACAUGGUCAUGCACUCCGGAACCAAGUACUUCGGCGGACACUCCGAUCUGCUCUGCGGUGUGCUGGCGGUGAAGGACAAGAAGGAGUGGACCAGUCUGUGGACGGAUCGAACCUACUUCGGCGCCAACUUGGGGAGCAUGGAAGCCUACCUGCUGCUGCGAUCGCUUCGAACGCUGACGGUGAGGGUGCAGAAGCAGUCUCGUACCGCGACACUGCUAGCGGCGUGGCUGCACUCGCUCAGCUCAAACCAGGAUGGUCAAGUUGCAGCUGAGGACGAACCCUUCGCAGGUGGAAAGAUCGUCGCUCGUACAUACCAUUCCUCGCUGCAACCGCGGACCGACCUGGACGAUCUGGUGACGAAAGGAACCGCACCCGAAGACCCCACCUUCGACCCGGCACAGCAGAUGCCCGGCGGUCACGCUCCCACCUUCGCCUUCCGAACGGUCAAGCCGGAAUACGCGACGUUCAUCCCGCACCUCACCACCUACUUCACCCCCGCUACGUCGUUGGGUGGCGUGGAGAGCUUGUUGGAGCAUCGGUGCAAGUCUGACCCGACUGAGGAUGCGAGGGUGGUGCGUGUCAGUGUCGGGUUGGAGGAGUUUGAGGAUCUGAGGGCGGAUCUGAGGGAUGCCUUUAGCAAGGUUUUGCAGCGCGAGGGGGCCAAGUAA